AUGAGAGAAGUUCCUGAUAAGUCAUGGAUUGAUAUUCCUAUAUUUCAAAGAAGAGCGAAAGGUGAUACUCGAUAUCGAGACGGAUGGGAAACAUUCCUUGAGUAUGCAUAUGCUAAUCCGAGGAAGGUAGAGAAUGAUUUGUUGUGUUGUCCAUGUAGUAAGUGCAGGAAUAGGGGUCUGGUGGAUAGAGUUGCUAUACGAAGACACUUAGAAAGAUGGGGAUUUGAUGAAAAUUAUAAAUAUUGGAGUUUUCACGGAGAACGUGAAGAUAUUGAACUAGAUGAUACUAAUAUAGAAGAUACGCAAGCAAUGUUCAACGAUAUUCCAGCAGUUGCAGAAGUCAAUGAAGUUCAAGAAGUACCGGAGGCUGUUGAAGUUCCUGGAGAUGCAGAUGAUGUCCAAAAUACCGAAGAUGUGCGUGACACCCGGGCCUUCAAAGACUUAAUGAAGUUAUUGGAUGACGACGAUAAGGAUCUGUAUGAUGGUUGCACUGAGUAUAGUAAAUUGUCAUUUAUUCUUCAACUGAUGCGUAUUAAGACCCUGAGCGGAAUGGCAGAUAAAUAUUUUCAAAUGCUUCUUAAUUUACUACGCAAGGUAAUUCCAGACGGAGAGAAUAGCAUUCCAGAAAAGUGUUAUGAUGCAAAUAAGAUUAUUGGUGCUUUGGGUUUAGAUUACAAUAAGAUCGAUGCUUGUCCUAAUGAUUGUGUCCUUUAUUAUAAGGAUAACGAGAAACUUGAGGAAUGUCCAAAGUGUGGAGUGUCUCGAUGGAGAAAGAAUACACGCACUUCAACCAGAAAGUCGAACGAGUCAGUGAAUCAACAGAAAAAAAUUCCAGCGAAGGUGCUCCGACAUUUUCCCUUAGUGCCUCGGUUGCAACGGUUGUAUAUGAUAAAAAAGGUAGCUAAAGAAAUGUGGUGGCAUAAAGAAAGACGUGUAGAUGAUGGUAAACUAAGACAUCCAGCAGAUGCAAAGGCAUGGAAGCAUGUAGAUCAAAUUUUCCCCUCAUUUUCUGCAGAGUGUAGGAAUGUCAGACUUGGUCUUUCUAGCGACGGAUUCAACCCGUUUGGCAUUAUGAGUUCGGGAUGGUCUACUUGGCCAGUUGUGUUAAUGCCUUAUAAUUUGGCACCUGGUCUUUGUAUGAAGCAAUCAUAUAUGAUUCUUUCAUUAUUGAUACCAGGCAAACAUUCACCCGGUAAUGACAUAGAUGUGUUCAUGGAGCCGUUAAUUGAUGAGUUAAAACAACUAUGGGGUGAAGGGGUCCCAACAUAUGAUGCUCUUUCUUGUGAGUCUUUAAAUCUUCGUGCUAUUCUUAUGUGGACGAUUAAUGAUUUUCCAGCUUAUGGUAAUCUAUCUGGUUGGUCUACGAAAGGGACAUUCGCUUGUCCUGUAUGUGGUCCGAACUUCGAAGGCUUUUAUUUGCAACACAGCCGAAAAAUGUGUUAUUGGUUUAACAGAAGAUGGUUACGAAAAGGGCAUAAAUUUAGGGGGAAAAAAUGGGCAAAUAAGUUUGAUGGCCAAGAAGAGAAAAGAGGGGAGCCUCGUGAAAUGUCUGGAGAUGAGAUUGUAAACUUGUUUGAGGGAUAUCCUAAAUUCAAUUUUGGAAAGAGCCGAUUUACAAAAGAUGAAAUUCUUGCUCCGAGACACACUUCCAUCAUGAAGAGGGCACCCAAACGAAAGAGGCAAGUGCGGGGUUUAGAUGUCACACAUGCUCAGGAUUUGCCGACAGGAUGGACAAAAUUUAGUAUAUUCUUUCAGUUGCCUUACUGGCAUAAACUCAAACUCCGACAUAAUUUAGAUGUAAUGCAUAUUGAAAAGAAUAUAUGUGAUAACUUAUUAUCCACACUCCUUCAAGAUGGUAAGAAAUCAAAGGACGAUUUAAGGGCUCGGCAAGAUUUGAAUGCAUUGAACAUCCGACAUGAUCUGCAAGCACAAGAAGUAGCCAAUGGAAAAUUUGAUUUGCCUUCAGCUCGUAUUACAAUGUCAAAAGCUGAGAUGCAGAGAUUCUGUGAGGUUCUUAAGUUGGUGAAGUCACCAGAUGGUUAUUGCUCUAAUAUUUCAAAUAAUGUACAGCACUUCGUAACAACAUGGCCGAUGAAGAAGUAA